AUGGAUCCUCGAGACAUAGAUAACCUGAAUGCGGUCUUGGAACAUGAUGCAAGCGUAAGCGAAGCAAUCAAGACGCAGGUGAAGGAAUUCGAUAAGAGAGUUCGAACAACCGGUAUGCUCUUGCUCGGCAUCGACGCCCGAAUCUCAUCAUUUCCCAGAUGGUCUACUGGGAAAAAUACACUCGACGCAACCUCAAUCGAGUAUGGCUCACUCGGUAUCCGCCUAGAACACUGGUUCACUUGGAUAGUGCCCGAACUGCUUGACGCUGUGGAUUCCGUCUUGCUCAGCUGUCGAGAAAUCACAGCGGCCAUCGCAGAAGCGGUUCCUGCAGAUCAAUUCUGGCGCUGGAAGGACUCUUGGAGCAACUCCCUACGGAGCUCAAUAUAUGCUGCAACUCUGGCCAACUUCUUGCGGAAUCGGUCUUUGCUUUCUCUUUCCGAUGUGUCGACCUUGCUAGGAGUUCAAGAGGAGUGGAAAGACCGAUUCGCCAUAGCCACCGAAGACUACCUACAUGGCCUCAUCAUCAUGUCUCGCUAUGCUGUCAACUCGGUGACAAUGGGUAACUACGAUGAGCCAAUGAAGAUCUCUGCGUUCGUCAAGGAGAUAUUUGCCGGUUUUACGAUGUUAAAUCUGAAAAAUGAUGCCCUCCGGAGAAGGUUCGACUCCCUCAAAUACGAUCUAAAAAAGAUUGAAGAAGAUGAUGCAUUGCCAACUCAUGGCUUUGAAGACGUCAGAAAAGUCUACCGCAAGCUAGGUGCAGGCUUGAACGAAAUCCGUGACAUAUCUGAGAAGGAUGUCAAGGCCAUCGACGACGUACUUGAGCGGCUGGACGUCCUCAUCAAUCUGAGCAAGCAGUCUGGGAGCUCUGCUCCAGAAAUUCAAAAACGCAACAAGCGUCCGCGUCCGCCGUCUCCGUCUGCCACGCCCGUCUCGUCGGGGUCCUCCUCUGUCCCGGCGUCUGCAAACCGGGUAUCCAUCACGCUGCCUGCUCGCAGCUCCGUGGGACCUUCUGGCCGCGAUAACAAGAUGCGGAGAGACGCGCAGACCAGACAGCAACUUCCCCUGCAGCAGAACAGGAAAGUCGUCUUCUAUCAACCUGCCGGAGAAGUGAUCGGUGGCGAGAAACCCAUUAUGACCGAGAGCCCUUGGAUCUUGGCUGUCGUGACCCGAAGUCCCGGCGGGGAUAAGUCACGUUUCGACUACGAGGUGCAAGAUCCAGAACCCCAGGACGAUGGCAAGCCUGGACUGCACUCGCUACAAAACGCCUCCAGAUGCCUUGCUUCCGCUGCCGGAUAUCAACGCGCCCAUUGGGGCUCCGUCACACCCGUCAUCUUGGAAGGAAUACGCCAGUGGCUCCACUGUCAUUGCGCUGUAUCCAGACACAAGUUGUUUCUACAAGGCAACGGUGAUAGCAUCUCCGAAGCAGAUGCAAAAUCCUGCGGGCGGCAGGGUGGGUGGUUCUAUUCUCUCAUCAUCCCGGCGACUAAGCUCGCACAGGACAAGGAGAAAGACAAGAAGGUCAUCUACAAGUUGCAGUUCGCCGACGACAACAAUCAAGAACAUCUGGUCUCUGCAGAGUGGGUGGUGGACUGGCCAGGCGACAGGCCUAUAAAGCCGAUUACGAUGACGUCAUACCCUUCUCGAAACAUCUGGUCAACUCUCUCAUUCUCGCCGACAUUCUACAAUCCACAUGACUACCUGCAGUGGACCUAUAUAAGUGAGACGUCUGUCCAUCCCAGCCCCUCAUCCAAAGUCAUGUCUCUCACUCGCCACUUCAUCAAUGACCUGCGCCCAUUCUUCCGCGUGCUGGACGACCCAUUCAAACCUGCCUCCUUUGUCCGCGCCCACGCAUUCUUCGAGGAUCGAUCCCCGCUCUCACGACCACUAUUACGCCGUCCGCCGAUCGAGAUCGCACAGUCCGGAGACAGCUAUGUCGUCCAAGCUGAGCUCCCGGGGGUAAAGAAGGAGAACCUCGAAGUGCGGAUCGGGGAUGCAGGCCGCAGCCUCACAAUUGAGGGCAAGGUUUAUAUCACUACGCCAGAAAAUGGCAGCGACUCGCCGCCGUCCAAGGACACGAAGCAAGAUGAUGUGACAACAGAAGUUAGCACUGAAGUCCGCGAAACGUCGACGGCCGUCUCUACUUUCACGCGGACGGUGUUCCUCGAGCAACCCGUCGACGGAAGCAAUGUGAGCGCCAAGCUCCAAGAUGGAAUCCUGAAGAUCCAGUUGAAGAGGGCACACGAUCAGGAUAGCGUCCUGGUCAAGGUCGAUUGAAUGUCGAGAAUGGUCUGUAGUACCAGGGCACUGUCCUCUCAUGUAUCUCUCUGUUCCCACUAGUCCCGUUGUGCACCCACUUUACACUACCAUAUUCCGCGUCUAUCUACAGUAUCUUAUUCCCUGAACAGUGAAAAUUUGAGAGCCGCACGAAUUUCAUCAUGCAGUCACUCAUCGUCAAACGCGUCUGAAGAGAAAGGACUGCGAUCACGCGGAAUACGAAACGCGCUUGCACGUGACGGAUCACAAAAGUCACUUGUACUACUACUUUGCAGUGACAAGACCCUCAGCAUGGCCGGGAUGAACAACCUUCUCGCAUUUUCCACCUGUCAUAGGCUCAUCAACAAGAGAUCUCUCUGGUCGUCUCUGAACCAAUCCACCAUCCGCACUGCAACUUACGCCACGAAGCCCAAACCACCGCUGCUGGGUCGGUACACGACCAUUCCGUAUGAGCUUUUCAGGAUAAACGCGAGUCAGAAGGUUAUUCUCAGGGACUAUGUGGACCAGCAGAAGAAAGGGAGGAGCUCUUAUGAUCUGGUGGUUCAUGAGGAUGGAUUGGUGCACCCCCGGCCGGGAGACACAUUCGACGGUGCACUCGCUGUUAGUCUUCUGUAGGAACGAUGGGACUAAAGCGUGCUGUAGGUCCAAAUGGCGCGUCUAUGCGGCCGGAUGGGGCUAUGCUGCAAGAGGUGGUGAGGAACUUUCGAGGGAAGAACACGACGAUAUACCGAAUCCUUCCUGGUACGUGCAGCAAAAGUCUCUUCCAUUAUGCUGCCCAUCAAACCCCCUUGACAGGCAAAGAGCUUCCCGAGGAUCUGAUACUCCUCCAUGAGCACUCCGACCACCAUUCUAUCCAGUGCCGGGUACCGAUGACGCUUGCCCAACUCAACAAAAAGGUUACGCAGUUUUGCAUCGAAAACUCGGAGAAGAUGACAAAGGAGGAAUUCGUGGAACGGUAUCCAUUUACAGUAUAGUAGCCAGUGUCCUCCCUGUAGACCCAGUCGAGUUAUCGGGAGCCGUGACCGACUGUCCGCUCAAUCAGAAAUGAUUCCCAAACCGUGACCGACUACCUUCUCCGACGCGUCAACUUCUGAGACUGGAGCCAGCUUGUACAGCCGUAGACCUCUCUCGUGCACCAGGCCAACCUACCACAAACUUUCAGUGCCGAUUCUGACUGCUCUAUCACUUACAUGGAAUCUGUGUCUGUCUCACUCAAUGGAACACCAGACUACGACCAUGAGCCCGAAUACGAUUUGGACCAAUCUGUAGAAGAGGACGUGGACCAACUGGCAUCCGAAAUGGAGGAAGAUGCUGUUGAAAGAACCCCAGGGGAGAGUCUGCUCCCAUCCCUGAGACUCGCAAGUAUAAUAGAGUCGGAAGGGAAACUGGCGCUCUCGAAAGAAGGCCUCUUCAUCCUCUCCAUCGCCACUGAAGAAUUUGUGAAGAGACUCGCUCAAGGCGGGCAUCGGCAGGCCAAGGCCGAAAGCCGCACUUGUGUCGUCUAUCGGGACAUGGCUGCAACGACUCAACAGUAUCAAGAGUUCAUGUUCCUUCGAGAAACCAUCCCCCAGCCUGUGUCCCUGUCUGAUGCACUUGAACUGAGAGAAUUGCGGGCCAAAGAGAUCCUGGAGAACGAGCCUGCUCUGAUUGCCCCCAUCGACCUGCCAUCUACGGCCAUCUCCACCGUCAAAUCGAGGCCGAAGACUCGUGUUGUCAACGGAACGGCGGAAAAGUCGACUCGGAACGCGAGUGUCAAUCGACCAGCCGAAGUUCGUCAAACAAUCACAAGGGCGGGUCAAGAAAACGCGACGCGCGUGUCAAGCGGACAAUCAAUAAACCCUGCGACGAGCAGUGUCCAGGUUCUCAGCUUUGUCGCCCAGCCAGCUUCGACGGGAGAAGAUGCCGAGAAAUCUAUUUCAUUGUCGAGCGUUGGCGGGGAGCCGCAAUAUACUCGAUCUCCUCCCGCGUCGGCCCUUGCGACUGUGGCUGGAAAGACACCUCCUGUUUCCAACGGCCCUACCAUUCGGAUCCCUGGAUUCACGAGCGUUCCACCACGGAGCAAAUCACCGGACCAGUCCAAGCCUUCGUAGCAGUCAGAUGCAGAUAGUUUGAGAUCACCUCUCUGCAUGUUUUUGUAGCUUGGUCAUAUGUCGUCGUAUUCCUCCUUCCUCCGCACUUGAUGUCCAUAUGAUCUCCAUUAUCUGACUUGAUUAUGCAAUCAGUCCUCCGAUAAUCGUUAUCGCACCUGGUUUAUCUCGAGCCAUAAUGUCGGCCAGUCUCCCAGUCAUCAAUAUCGCUCCAUACCUGGACUUGGAGAAGUACGAUCUCGCGGCAAGGCAGGAGACCUCUCGGGCCUUACAUUCUGCCUGCAUCGAAUUCGGCUUCUUCUACUUGGACAUCUCAGAUUACGUCGAUCCUAGCGUCCCCGAGGAGCUCAUAACUCUCGCAAGACAAUUCUUCGCGCUGCCGCAGGAAGAGAAGGAUGCGUUCUCGCUGAACAAUCAAGACGGAGCGCGAGGGUAUCAACGACUGAAAGAGAAUGUCACGAAUGGCAAAGCAGAUAACCAUGAAGGCUUUGACUGGUACAAGCCUGUAGAGAACCCAGAUAAGGACAAACCGCUGUGGGGUGAGAAUCAGUGGCCCACCGUCCCGAGGGAAUUCAAGGAGAAGUACGAGGCAUGGAUCGACAAGAUGACCGCACUCGGGCUGAUAACUUGAAUAGAAUGUCGGUUGGACUGGGGAUGACUCCAGAUGAAUGGCAGGAGCUCCGGAAACAGGUGGACGACAGCUUCUGGGUUAUGCGCGCAAUCGGCUACCCCCCUUUGCCCAGCGACGAAGAUGGAUUCUCAUGUGGUGCACACAAAGACUACGGGUGUCUUACGCUCCUGUAUGCCGAUCCGACCCCUUCAGCUCUUCAAGUGUAUCGUAGGAAUGGAUCCGCGAGGGGAGUCUGGAUCAAUGCAGAUCCGCUUCCUGGCUGCAUUGUGUGCAAUAUUGGGGAAAUGUGGGAAAUAUGGACGAACGGUCUCUACAAGUCAACGCUGCACCAGGUGGUCCAUCGUUCAUCCAACUAUCGAGUAGUAUUCCAUUCUUCUUCGAACCUAAUUUCGACGCAUUCGUGAAGCCACUGGAAGCCGUCAAACGAAUCCAAGGGAACUCGGGUGAAGGCAAAGUCGAACGCUCACCCGUUAUCUAUGGCGAUUUUUUGAAAUCAAAGGUUGCCAACAACUUCACCGGGGAAAAGGAAAGUAUGAUUGAGAAUCUACCUGAGGCUUAUUGGUCCAGUGUCCGUAACAUCAUACUGUGAAUUAUCUAGACGAGACGCUUAUCGAUUAUCAAUCAGUAGAAAAUGAUAAUUAGUGGAGAGAUCAUCUGACAUCUUCACGAUUUCUUUUCCGUCCCCGUCCCCGAAUCAUGGAUUUCCAAACUAGCGUCUCCAAGUUGAAGUCUCCUCUGAAGGAUCUUGUGCUGGCCUUCUCCAAAAACGGAACGGUUCAUGUCGGAAAGCAGGAGGCAGAUUCGCGCGCCGUGAUCGACUGGAUCGCGCAGAUUGAGAAGGGCACAUCGGUCAACGAGCCUGGGCUCAAGGCUUUGAACGCUGAGCUAGUGCCGAAGACUUACCUCGUGAACAACUAUCUGACCGCUGCCGACGUUGCUCUCUUCGGCGCCCUUCACCCUGUUAUUUCAACAUCACAACCGGACCAAUACUUCGCUCAUCCCAGUGUGACGCGCUAUUUCGACCACAUCCAGUCGCUGACCGUCGUACGCGAGGCUGCAGACGCGUUUUCUCCUGCGUUUGCUGCGGUCGCAUUCGAUUUCACUAAGGCUCCUGUCGUUGAAAGGACAGCCGAGGCACCCAAGAAGAAGGAGAAGAAGGCACCCGCGGCGGCUCAGGAACCUGCAGCCAGCACAUCCGCAGCACCGCCUGCGGUCUCUGGUGCGUCAGGAGCGGAGACUGCCGCCCCUGCGAAGGAGAAGAAAGAGAAGAAAGAGAAAGAGAAGAAGAAAGAUGCUGGUCCUGACGCUGGAGGCAAGAAGAAGGGCGCUGCUCCAUCAAAGGCCGUUGCUGCAGAAGAGGCUGGUGAACCUGUUCCCUCGAUGAUCGACCUCCGUGUUGGUCACAUCGUCGACAGUGAGUGUCCGCAUAGUUGUUCAUCGUAUGCUGAUAAGUGCAGUCAUGAAACACCCGGAUGCUGACGGUCUUUACGUCGAGCAAAUUGAUAUCGGCGAAGAGACUGGCCCACGGACAGUAGUCUCUGGCCUCGUGAACUAUAUCCCCAUCGAACAGAUGCGGGACAAAUAUCUCGUUGCUGUCUGCAAUCUCAAGCCGGCAAGCAUGCGCGGAGUAAAAAGUUUUGCGAUGGUGCUUUGUGCGACCUCAAAGGACGGGAAAGAGGGCGGCAUCGAAUUAAUCCAGCCCCCUGCUGGUGCGAAGCCAGGCGAUCGAGUCUACUUUGAAGGGGCUGAAUUUGAAGCUGCCACUCCUCUCAGCCAGCUGAACCCAAAGAAAAAGAUAUUUGAGACAAUCCAGCCCGGAUUUAUCACAUUGGACUCUAAGGAGGCGGCUUGGAUCAAUCCCGCGACAAAAAGCGUCCACAAGAUUCGAACGAAGGAUGGCGUCUGUGUGGCGCCCACUCUGAUCGGUGCCUCCUUGUCGUAGACCAGUAUAUUGUGAAUAUGAUAGACUCUUGCAUAC